ACGCGUAUCGAAAGAAGAACCUGUUCUUCGCUUCUUCACCCCGAUGGAUGGUGGGAAAAAGAGAAAGAUAUAUUAUACGAACUGCAUUCCAAACGAGGGGUUAAAAAACUACGAAGGGAGUCACAGACAGUGAUUUUCGGUUUCAUUGUCAAGUGCAAGGUGUUUCAAGCAACAAGUCGAUGGUAGUUUAGCUGUCAAGAUGCACGAAAUAGAGCUGUUUUGAUUAGUAGUUGAUUGGUGGAGCUUUUGAAAAUGAGUGGGGUCUCGGCGGUCUUCCUGCUGCUUGCGGCUCUCUCCAACGCCCUCCCUUACCCCACCUCCCACUCUUUACCCGACCGUGUCUUCAUCUCCAACACCACCACCACCACCAGCCCCAACAAAACCCUCUCUGAGCUCGUCCAGCGUCAAACCGACGCCAUCAAACAAAUCGUUUCGAACCACCACCGUGACUACCCCGUCAUCACCAAAUACCCUGCUGAUGACAAACAAAAAAAACCCGAAACGUUGUCCAUUGAAGACCUCAAAAUCAAAUGUCAACAUUUGGCUCGUCUCGCUACCACACCAUCGCCUCGCAAUACCACCCCCAACGGCCAUUACAUCACGGCCGAUGAUCCACCCCCAGUCACCACCCCUAAACCCGCCCCCGUCAAAUACAUUAAACUCGAGCCGGUAAUUUUACAAAAGACAAUCAUGAGCGAUGGACGAACGGUUUAUUAUUGGCACAAGAGUAUUCCAAGUCAGAUCGCACUCGCCACCUCCACGCCGCCCUCGACUACGACAACUGCCGCCUCCGGGGGGUAUAAUUUUCGUAAUUUUUUUCCGUCGUUUUACCCGAUUGGAGGCUCUGAAUCGGUUAGUCAGACUACAACAGAGAAAACGACAACCACGGAAAAAUCACCAGAAGAGGGCAUGCAACUCUAUCAGCAACAAUUGAAAUUUGUGGUUCCGGUGCCGUAUUCACCACCGGAAGAACAAUCGGUGAGAAAACCGUGGGAUUUUGAUCAGUUUGCCUAUUAUCCGAAACCGCUUCAACCGGAAAAUAUGAAUUUACAAGUGCCCUACGUACCCACAUUUCACGUGAUCAAGGCGGUGGCGAUACCUAAUCAAUACGAAGGGGGCCCUGAAGACAUCUAAUCACCCAAUUUAAUCUUCACAAGACUGAUUAGAAAUAGAUUUGUAUAUUAUUUCAUUUUUUAUUAUUCUAUUGACUUAAAAAAUUCAGUAUACUACUCGUGUAGGUUUAGAAUGCAAAAUAUUUUAUUUCUAUGUAAUUUAGUAUUCGUUUUUUUGUUAGUAAAAAUGUAAUGGGGUCGGUUUCGUGCAAUUAAUGUAAAAAAAAUUGUCGUUCGAAUAAAUUUUUUUAAAAACUCA